CCCUUUCUCUAUCGCCCCAUCAGCAAACCAAAAUCCAUUAAACUCUUUCUUUCUCUCUCUUCCUUCUUUCUCCUUAAUUCUUCUCUGUUGCAAAACAUAACAUUUUUAAUUAAUUCAUAACACCACCCACCACCACCAACAACAAAAUGGGCACUCUUGUGGGACAUGUUGCACCAGGCUUAGGCUUCUUGCUAAUUGGCCUAUGGCAUCUCUUCAACCACAUCAAGCUACACUGUCUCAACCCCAACUCCUACACUUCUCCACCAUGGUUCCCCACAUCCAAAUCCAAGUACCUCGAACUCUUCCUCAUCAUGGCGGCCUCAACCGCCUCCGUCGCCAUGGAACUCUUCAUCGGACCGGAACGCCACCAGCCUCUCGACUCAGACGGAACCAUUCCCUCCAACCACCUCCACAACUUCGAACACUCCUCCAUCUCCCUCACCUUCUUCACCUACGCUGCCUUCUCUAUCAUCCUCGACAAAAAAAUCCAAAACACUCAAACCAAACAUGCCUUAACGCAAUUGCUAGCCUCCGUGGCCUUCGCUCAGCAGCUUCUCCUCUUUCACCUCCACUCCGCUGACCACAUGGGACCUGAAGGACAAUACCACCUGCUACUGCAGCUCCUGGUAUUUGUCUCGCUCACCACCACGCUCUUGGGAAUUUGCUUUCCCAAGAGCUUUUUGGUGAGCUUCGCACGUUCCGUGAGCAUAUAUUUUCAAGGACUAUGGCUUAUUGUUAUGGGCUUCGCACUCUGGACCCCGGAGCUUAUCCCUAAAGGGUGUUACAUGAACGAUGAGGAGGGUCACAUGGUGGUUAGGUGUCAUGAUCAUGAAUCGGUCCACCGAGCUAACUCGCUGGUCAACAUUCAGUUCAGCUGGUUCAUCAUCUUGGUCACAAUUUUUUCAGUUUCUUUGUACUUGGUUAUGGAUAAAUUCUAUGGUGGUGGGAAGGUUGAGUAUUUCUCUUUGGGGAAUGAGGAAGAAGGAGGAGAAGAAGGUGAUGACGUGGACGUUGAGUCGCAAAAGAGAAGCAUAGUUGGCAAUCCCAUGAGCUUUAUUCAUGUGGGAAAAACGUUUUCACCUCUUGACAUUGAAAGGUAGAGUGAGUGAUGAAACUAGCUACUAGCAAGGAUGAUUAAUUAUAUUAUUUUGUGAUUAUGUGUGUACAGUACUAUUAGGGUGGUGGGGUCCAGUGUGAGUUAAUUAAUUAAGCCAACGAGAAUGUGGUUGGUUUAAGGAAACUUACUCUUGUGGGUUGUACGAAUUUUUUAAUUUAAAGGGGGAUAUAUAUGGAUGACUUGUAUUAUUUGAUUUUGUGUUUUGGAUGGUUCUAAAAGGGUUUCGUGUCCAUACGUUGUGGAAAUGUGCAAGAAAUUUCCUUGUAAGGAUUUUGUACCAUGUUUAUAUGUUGAAUUGAUUUCAAUUGUUUCA